AACAGAAAGUUGCAGGCAAUGUUGUUGUAAGCUAGAGUAAACAGUAGAGAGCUGACAAAGUCGUUACUGGAACUUAUGAACUUUUAAAAUGUUUUCAUUUCAAAUUUUCAUUUUAUUUUUGAAUGUAUGGAUUAUUCAAAGUGAUGAUUCCAGUGAGGGAUCUAUAAAAGAUAUCGUAAGGGAUGAAUUGCAAGACUUGAGAUUAGAGUUUGCAAGGACAAAUUCACGGUUGCAAAGACUGACCUUAGCAAUGGAAUCAUUUCCUUCAGACACGGCUGCUAUGAAAGAUCAGUUAAAAGAACUAAAAAGGCGUGCUGGAUUCCUGGAAAAGAAACUUUACUCAACCCUUCAAGACCUACUGUCUGAGAGACAAAAUAGAAUAGAAAUGACAUCUUCCUUUGAACGCAAAAUUGCAAUUUUAGAAGAGAAAGUGGACGAAUUAUGGACCGAGACUAGCAUCAAAAUUGCUGACGGUGACUCGCAAAGGAAAUUUGCAAAAUAUUGGAGUGAGAAAUUUAAAAGUCUGAAGGAAAACACUGAAGUUAUGAUUUUUAGAAGUAUGAACGAUACAAGAUCUGAGGUCAGCCAAUUAAAGCAAGCUUUAAGCCGGACAAACUCAAAGAAUGACAAACAAGAAGUGCUUUAG